AUGGCUGCUACUAGCCCUGCAAGACAUGUCGGGAGCGGAAUCCCAAAGUGGGAGAAAGGCGAAAAAGAAGAGGUGAAAGAAUGGGAAGAGAAGUGGGGAAAGGUGGUGAAAGAGAAGGAUGGGAAGGAGGCAGAGAAGAUGGAAAAAGAGGAGAGAGUGGAGGAGCUGGAGGCAGCAGCGGCGAUGCUGAUGAAAGAGAAGAUGGUGCUGUACUCCUCCCAGGAUCUGCUGCCUCUGAGAAAGGACGAGGGGCCUGUGGAGGUGGAGCUGGAGCUGCACCAGCUGCAGAACAGGUGGGCUCUGUGGUUCUUCAAGAAUGACAGCAGCCGGGCCUGGCAGGACAACCUGCAUCUGGUCACCAAGGUGGACACCGUGGAAGACUUCUGGGCGAUGUACAGCCACAUCCAGCUGGCCAGUAAGCUCUCUUCUGGCUGCGACUACGCCCUGUUCAAGGAUGGCAUCCGGCCCAUGUGGGAAGACAGCAGGAAUAAGUGGGGUGGCCGCUGGCUGGUCAGCCUUGCCAAACACCAGCGCCACAGCAAGCUUGACCGCCUCUGGUUGGAGACACUGCUGUGUCUAAUUGGAGAGAGCUUUGAGGACCACAGCCGGGAGGUGUGUGGGGCUGUCGUCAAUAUCCGCACCAAAGGAGACAAGAUCUCAGUGUGGACACAGGAGGCAGAGAACCAGGCCAGCGUGCUGCAUAUUGGGCGUGUAUACAAAGAACACCUGGGCCUCUCGACAAAAGCCAUUAUCGGUUACCAGGCCCACGCAGACACAGCCACCAAGAGCAUCAGGAACAAGUUUGUGGUGUGA